CGUUAAGCGAGCUCUUAGAAUUUUGAUCGAAUUAUUUUGAACGUUCAAGUAUAUUUAUUUUCUGUUAUAUUCGUUAACUUUGUAUAUUUUUUGUGAUAUAUAACGUUUGUAUGGUGUGCCUGAUCUGUUAAACUUCGUCGCGAGACUCGCGAGUUUCGAUACAAACAUGCAAGUACAAGAUGCAGAAGGAGCCGAUGGUUCCCCAUGGAAUAAUUCCAGUGGUUGUGAUGAAGACCGCAGACCAACUCAAAAGGAGGGUAAAAAAUCGAAUAUUCUACCUUUGUGGGGAAAUGAAAGGACUAUGAACUUAAAUCCAUUAAUUUUAACAAACAUACAGUCAUCACAUUAUUUUAAAGUGAAUUUAUAUGAGUUGAAGACAUACCACGAAGUUAUCGAUGAAAUUUAUUACAAAGUGUCUCAUUUGGAACCAUGGGAGAAAGGAAGCAGGAAAACAGCAGGCCAAACUGGCAUGUGUGGAGGCGUCCGAGGUGUUGGUGCUGGUGGAAUUGUUUCGACGGCUUAUUGUCUCCUAUAUAAACUCUUCACUUUGAGGUUAACACGGAAGCAAUUAAAUGGUCUUAUCAACCAUCCUGAUUCACCAUAUAUUCGGGCAUUAGGAUUUAUGUACAUUAGAUAUACACAACCACCAGCUGACUUAUUUAGUUGGUACAGUGAUUAUUUAGAGGAUGAAGAAGAAUUAGAUGUAAAAGCUGGAGGAGGACAAGUAAUGAAAAUGGGUGAUAUUCUCAAACAAUUUCUUACUAAAUUAGAGUGGUUUUCAACUUUAUUCCCAAGAAUACCAGUGCCUAUACAAAAAGAACUUGAACAUCGAUUAGCAGAAAGAUUUCCUCAGCAAUCUAUGAAUGCUCGAAAUGCAAAGCCACCUAUCACACUAAAUAGUCAUGGAAAAUAUAGUAAUAGUAAUAAUAGAAAAGACAAUGGCAAUCUUACCUCACGAAACCAACCACGACAUAUCCCAGAUAGUGAAGCACAAUGGGGUGAGGCUGAAAGAACAAGCCACUGGCGAGCCAGGUCUGAUGAGGAACGUAAGGACAAAUACAGAGAUCGAGAUCGUGAGCGAGAUCGAAUAAGAGAAAGAGAGCGGGAACGUGCACGAGAAAGGGAGCGAGAAAGGGAUCGACACUGCAAACGAUCGAGCAGCCGCGAUCGAAGUCGGAGACAAAGAGAAUACAGAAGUCGCAGUAGAGACAGAUCACAUAGUGAUAAAAGUAAAGACCGUUAUCGCGAUAAAGAUCGUCAUCGAGAUAGGAAAGGCUCACCCUAUGAUUAUGCCACAGAGCUUGCUCGGGAAAGAGAGAGACAACGAAGGGAAUGAAAACCUGCUAACAUGUAUAUAUCGAUAUAAAUGUUUGUACGCGUGUAACUAUAGAGAUAAAAACGAUUUAGAGCCGAGCCAUUCGAACAU